UGAUUUCCCCUCGUCUCCAGUCCACGGGUCCAGGAUUUUGGCCUUACCUUUCUCUUCGCCUGUUUACAUGGCAAACAUGCCGUUGAGUUCUUUCUCGACUUGGCUAAGGUGGUUGCGCCAGCAGCAACCGGGCCGCGGGGCCCUGGAGCAAGGGAGGGAAGGUGUUUACCCUGGUUUUCGGUGUUCAUGGUGGACAGCACGUCCUUUCCAGAAGGAAAGGUGGCUAACAGGGAAUGUGGGAAUGCUAUUGCAUCACUAGAUUAGUGGUCGAGCUGUCGCUUGGUCAGUCGAUUCACGCGACUGGGAACGCCGAUGAAAUCUUCGGUGGUACUGCUUCCACCCACCCAGGUGGCUGACAUACGCUGGAGACAGGUUGCCAGAAAACGAACCCUCGACCUAGCCACAGAAGACAAUAUGAAACUAGAAUCCCUCACCUCUUUUUCUCUUGUAACACGGCGAGGGCUUGUUAACCUUGUCAACUGCCAAAAAAAAGAACUGCUGCUUCGGGCUUGCUAUCAACAGACAUGUUAUGUCCAAUACGGAUGGGGAGGCUCUAACGGUCGGUGGUCGUCGUCGCUGGGGAGGUUUCCCACGGCACGAAAGGGGCGACAACGAGGCACGAGGCGGGUUGGCGAGGGAUAUAAACCCAGGAGCGUCGAGAGGACUUGGCCGAUGAGGAACGUCUGGAGGCACGUGAUCGAAGGCGAUCUGCUUUCUAUACCGGGUGGGAAAGGGGGGGGGGGCCGUUGGGAGACGCACGAAGACCCAGCAAGAAACAAGCCAGCCAACUAAUAACUAAUCACCCGGACUAUGACUAACAACCUCCCAAAGCCACAUCGUUUGAGCCAGAUAAUAAUG